CAGAACGCGUCGACUCGGAGCCUGUGACCAGUGCAUCGUUCACACGCCUUUCAUUCGCUCCCGUCGAAGAAUCUACACAUUACGAGGUUUCGCAAGCCUCCGGCGAGCAAGAAGGAUGCCGCUUCCACAAGUUGCCGUCGGCCCUAGUGCAUGCCGAAACCCUCUGUACGAUGAGCUGCCCUGUGCGCCCUCAAAUUGUCAAACAAGGCUGCAUCUCGAUUGGAAGGAGCAGUCAUAGAAACUGUCCGCACAAUACCCGUACGCCUCAGUCAACACUAGACCUCGUGAUGCUUCCCGUCUCGAGCUUCUUCAGUCCGACAAUCACGCAUGGCUAGCCACGGUGCGGGUUCUUUAUUUCCGAGCGCCGUUGCAGGCGAAAAGCCGAAGUCGAGGGAGUCAGCGGCGCGAGGUCAUGGGCCAUAUAAAGUCCAGGAACUCAUGGGAGUCCCGCCAGGC